CCCGUCUCAUUACUCUGCCUAGUAUCGAAUAAAAUAAAUCAUGAGAAGGCAUUAUGAUUAUUGUCCCUUGAUGAACAAUUUGCUUUAUAAACACAACAUAUUAAACCAUCACAAUCCGUACACGACCAAAAGAGAUAUGACUUCAACUUCAAUUUCAGCCACCACAUUAUAUGUACACUUCCUGUUAUUUAUUGUAACAUUUUUUUCAUUCAAUCAUCAACUAAGCUUUGCUUUCAGUUCACAAGAGUACCAUGAGGCUCUUGAAAAAUCUAUUCUCUUCUUCGAAGGACAACGUUCUGGAAGAUUGCCAUACAACCAGAAACUAACAUGGAGGGGAGAUUCUGGAUUAUCAGAUGGUUCUUCUUAUCAUGUGGACUUAGUUGGUGGUUACUAUGACGCUGGUGACAAUAUAAAGUUUGGGCUUCCAAUGGCAUUUACAACAACAUUAUUAGCAUGGAGUGUCAUUGAAUUUGGAAGCUCAAUGCAUGAUCAGAUUGACAAUGCUAGAGAAGCUAUCCGGUGGAGCACGGAUUACCUUCUUAAGGCCGCCACUACAACACCAGACACAUUAUAUGUCAAAGUUGGGGAACCUAGCAUGGAACAUGGGUGUUGGGAAAGGCCAGAGGAUAUGGACACUCCACGGAAUGUGUAUAAGGUAUCGCCUCAAAACCCUGGGUCUGAUGUCGCAGGGGAGACAGCAGCUGCAUUGGCAGCUUCUUCAUUAGUAUUCAAAGAUUCGGAUCCAGCCUAUUCCUCCAAAUUGCUUAUAGCAGCCAUAAAUGUAUUUCAUUUUGCAGAACGUUAUAGAGGCUCUUACAAUGACUCUCUUAAUUCUGUAGUUUGUCCAUUUUACUGUUCUUACUCUGGAUACAAUGAUGAGUUACUUUGGGGUGCAUCAUGGAUUUAUAAAGCUUCUGGAAUUAGCUCCUACUUGGAAUUCAUACAAUCCAAUGGUCACACAUUAGGUGCUGAUGGUGAUGGUUACACCUUCAGUUGGGAUGACAAACGACCUGGAACUAAAAUCUUACUUUCAAAUGAAUUUUUGGAGAAAAAUUCUGAAGAGUUCGGGUUAUAUAAGGCACAUGCAGACAGUUACAUUUGUUCUCUAGUACCAGGAACUUCUGGUUUUCAGGCUCAGUACACCCCAGGGGGUGUUUUGUAUAAAGGGAGUGCGAGCAAUUUACAGUAUGUGACAUCUACAACCUUUCUUAUCUUGAUAUACGCUAAGUAUCUCAGCUCAAAUGGAGGUGUUGUCAUGUGUGGAACAUCAAGAGUCACAGAAACAAACCUCAUAAAUUUGGCCAAAAAACAAGUCGAUUAUAUUUUGGGGGAUAAUCCAACAAAGAUGUCAUAUAUGGUUGGUUUUGGAGAGAGGUAUCCAAAUCAUAUCCAUCAUAGAGGUUCCUCUUUACCUUCCAUUCACGAGCAGCCUCAGAAAAUUUCUUGUAACAGUGGAUUUCAAUUCUUCAAUUCAGGCUCACCUAAUCCAAAUGUUCUUGUGGGAGCCAUUGUUGGUGGUCCUGAUAGCCAUGACAACUUCUUUGAUGAUAGAAAUAAUUAUCAACAGUCAGAGCCAGCAACUUAUAUUAAUGCACCUUUUGUUGGUGCUCUUGCUUUUUUCUCUGCUCAAUAAUCAAGUUAGUUGCCAAGAAGCACAUAAAAGAUCUUGGUCAUAGAUAGAUCUAUUUUGUUAAUUUGUUUAGUUUCAACUCAAUUGAUCUCUUACUAGUACUGGCCAAUGUGAGGGUGGUUAGAAAAUAUUUAUAAAAAAGUGUCAAAGAAAAAAAAUCAAAUGUUUUUAGUCCAAAAUUUAGUAAAAAAAAAACAUUUUGAAUGAUGUUUUGUUUCCAGGAAGUGCAAAUGAGUAGAUUGGAUAUUUUAUUGUUGAAAGGAAUUUGGUUGGGCUUCAAAGUUAGCAACCAAAGUUUGGAAAUUGAGUCAAGUAUGUAAGGCUUGGCGCAACUCCUUUAAGAAGACAAAAUGAGGCAGUGACCGUAUGGUGUAGCAGAGAUGCGUGACAAAGCAUCUGCCACUAAGUUUGUUUUUCCGUUUUGUAUUGGUUGACAAAAUCGUAACCAAGAAUUUUUGACAGAUAAAUUUGUUCCUCUAGUGUUUGGAUUACUUGAGUGAUACGUUGCUUUAAACUCUCGUGGUCUAUACAGAUGACAAACUUAUGGCACAAGAGGUAUUGGCACCACUAAUUUACGGUAGUAGUGGUACCAUGUAAGUCACAUACAUAAGUAGAAGAAUGGAAACCUAGGGCAAAAAGGUUGCUAAAAAAUCCAAUUGGGUGGUUAUUUUGUAUUAAAACAUCACCAUGUACCAGAUGCAUCUGUUUCUAGUAUGAAUUGAAUGGAAAAAUUAGAUGAAGCUAAGAUGAGUGCAUCUGUCACGGAAACCUUGAGCUAGCUUGAGCAUCAGAGGACCAUUGAAAAGGAUCCUUGUGUAACAAUUGAGUCAAAGGAUGAGCAAUAGAAGCAUUAUUAUGGAUGGAUUUUCCGUAAAAUUCAGUCAGAACCAAGAAACACCCUAAAGCAUAUAUAAUAGUGGGGACUCGUAAAGAUGGUAAUUUUACCUAUCUUGGGCACCCGCAAAAAUGAGUAAAAAUUU